GGGGGCACCGACCGCCCCCGGCCCGGCCAUGUCGGAGCCCGGCGCCCCCGCGGCCGGUGAUAAAGCGUCCCGGCUCCAGGACCGUGUCCUUCGUGGGCUGCGCUGGGGCCGCCUCCAGGAGCCCCUGGGCUUCAUCAAGGUGCUGGAAUGGCUCUUUGCCAUCUUCGCCUUCGGCUCCUGCGGCUCCUUCAGCGGCGAGACCGGAGCCACAGUGAAAUGUCACAGCGGAGCGAUGACAGCCAUCAACAUCCAGUUCGGGUACCCCUUCAGGUUAUACCAGAUUCCCUUUGGGAUGCCGAAGUGUGUGAAUGAAUCAGAAGCCCGCACCCUGUACCUCGUUGGUGACUUCUCCGCUCCCGCCGAGUUUUUCGUGACCCUGGGGGUCUUCUCCUUCCUCUACUCCAUGGCGGCUCUGGUGCUCUACCUCCGCUUCCAUUCCCUGUACACCGAAAACACGAAGCUGCCCUUCACAGAUUUCUGCGUCACCGUCUGCUUCGCCUUCUUCUGGCUGGUGGCGGCGGCGGCGUGGGGCAAGGGGCUGAGCGACGUGAAGGCAGCCACGCGCCCCUCCGCCCUCAUCUCUGCCAUGGGCGUCUGCCAGGGCGACGGCACGGUCUGCAGCGCCGGCACCACGCCGGCCAUGGGGCUGGCCAACAUCUCAGUGCUCUUCGGGUUCCUCAACUUCCUGCUGUGGGCCGGGAACUGCUGGUUCGUGCUGCGGGAGACGCCGUGGCUGCGGGCGCCCGAGCCCCGCGACAGCGCGGCCGAGCAAGGCGCCAUCGACAAGCAGUAGCCCCCAUCGACAAGCAGUAGCCCCCUCGGGGCCCGGCCCAGCCCGGGGAGCCCGCCCGGCCCCCGGGACCUCGCGCCGGCCGCCAGCCCGGGGACGGGGUGUCGCUGUCCCCGGGCUUGGAGCCGCCGGGGGUUCGGGUGCUGAAGGGGGACACGGAACCCCGGGGGUCCCGUUUGGUGUCGGGGGCUCUUUGUGUCACCCCGCGCGGUCCGUGUCUGUAUGGGGCGCAUAAAGUCCUGGGUACCAGCUCUGGAUUGGGGCUCCCGGUGUCUGCCUCGCUGCGGAGGCGCGCACAGCCCUGGCUGGGGCGCGCCCGCCCCUGGGCAGCCUGGUCCAUACAGCGAUAAACCGGUCCCCGUCCCUGGUAUAGGGUUAACCGUGGACCUCAGAUCAGUAUUGGGCUAAGGAAGGGUCCCAGACAGGUAACAGCGGACCCCAGACCAGUAAAAGAAUAAUCAGGAACCCCAGUCCGGUAUUGGGAUAAUACUGGGAGCAGCACCCCAGUGUAAGAGAUCACCUGGGACCCCAGCCUGAUAUGGGAAUAAUGGCAGGGAGUCCCAAUUCCAUAUAGGGAUAAUACAGAACCCCAGGCCAGUAAAAGGAUAAGGGGGGAUCCUGAGAUGGUGUAGGCAUAACGGGGAUCUCCAGCCCCGCACAGGAAUAACCUGGAACCUCAGCCUUGUAUGGCAUCACCCUGGGCUCAGAGCCCAGCAUAGAAAUAACUGUACAGACCCCAGCCCGUUAUGGGAAUAACUGGGGUUCUGGGUGCGGUAUGGGGACAACAGAGAACCCCAACCUUGAUGUAGACACCGCGUGCCCCAGACCUGUUAUAGGGAUCCCCGUGCAGGGAUAACAGGAGACCGCAGCCUGGUCCAGGGAUCACUUGGGUGAGACCCACCGCGAGAUCUCCCAGUGCGAGCUCCCGGGUGCCCCAGCCGGUAUCGAGCUCCCGGGUG